GCGAGAAGCCGACAAACAUGGCGGCCCCCUGCUCCCUCGCCCUGCCUGUGGCUGCCCUGGCCGCUUUGGCGCUCUUGUCUCCCCGCAGCUCCGCCGCUGGCCACAUCGAGGAACAAGCAGAGCAGUUGUUUAGAAGCGGACACACAAACAACUGGGCUGUUUUGGUGUGUACCUCCCGAUUCUGGUUCAAUUACCGGCAUGUUGCAAACACUCUUUCUGUUUAUCGAAGUGUCAAGAGGCUAGGUAUUCCUGACAGUCACAUUGUCCUGAUGCUUGCGGAUGACAUGGCGUGCAAUGCUCGCAACCCCAAGCCAGCCACGGUGUUCAGCCACAAGAACAUGGAGCUCAAUGUGUAUGGAGACGACGUGGAAGUGGACUACAGAAGCUAUGAGGUAACUGUGGAGAACUUUUUGCGGGUAUUAACCGGGAGGGUGCCACCUAGUACUCCUCGUUCAAAGCGUCUUCUCUCCGAUGACAGAAGCAAUAUUCUUAUUUAUAUGACAGGUCACGGGGGAAAUGGUUUCUUAAAAUUCCAAGAUUCUGAAGAAAUCACCAACAUAGAGCUUGCGGAUGCUUUCGAGCAGAUGUGGCAGAAAAGACGCUACAAUGAGCUGCUGUUCAUUAUUGAUACUUGCCAAGGCGCGUCCAUGUACGAGCGGUUUUAUUCCCCUAACAUCAUGGCCUUGGCUAGCAGCCAAGUAGGGGAGGAUUCGCUGUCCCACCAGCCAGACCCUGCAAUCGGAGUCCAUCUUAUGGACAGGUACACCUUCUACGUCCUGGAGUUUUUGGAAGAGAUUAAUCCAGCUAGCCAAACUAACAUGAAUGACCUUUUUCAAGUUUGUCCCAAAAGUCUCUGUGUAUCUACUCCUGGACAUCGUACUGACCUUUUUCAGCGCAAUCCUAAACAUGUCCUGAUAACCGAUUUCUUUGGGAGUGUGCGGAAAGUGGAGAUCACGGCAGAGACCAUCAGCCUGCAGCGGGACCCGCCAGCCGUGGAGAGCAGCUACACGGAAGACGGGAUGGAGGAGGAGCUCACGGAACCUCUGCAGUACGCGGAACAGCUCCCGGUGGCUCAGAUAAUACACCAGAAACCAAAGCCAAAAGAUUGGCACCCUCCUGGCGGCUUCAUCCUGGGGUUGUGGGCGCUCAUCAUCAUGGUCUUCUUUAAGACCUACGGGAUCAAGCACAUGAAGUUCAUCUUUUAGACUCAAGGAUGUGGGAAGAAGAACAAAUGGAAGAUGGCAGCCUUGUAUAAAAGCAUAGAUUUUUAUGUUUUUAAAUAUGUUGUUUGUGUGUAAAUUUGGGAAGAAA